GUAGUUUCAAAUCUGCAGGCUACACCCACUUUUAGCAGCAAAAUGCUUCACCAGCCGGCUGCCAGAUGACGCAAACAGGCAGACAAAUUUUGCACUUUCGGUGACAUUGAAAACAUUGGGAAAACACACGUGUUUAUAUAUGUACUCAACUUUAAAUCUGUUUAGCUAAGGGAAAACAGCCAUGUCGAAGAAAAGGGGGAAAAUUCUUGGAAAUCUGCAGAAAGAGUGGAAGCCGGUGCAAGUCGAAGAGCUAUUCGUCGAAGGCACCAACUUUGAUGGACUCAUCGGCAUUGAGGAGAUGUCCGAUUAUGACAUCGAAACCUUUAAAAGCAGCAAAUCUAAAAAUGAAAAAAAGAGGGACAGCCUCAAUAAGGUUGAUCCGAGUGUCCGGAAGAGACCUCUAAACGACUCUACUGAAGAACAAGUGGCCGCGGCUGAUGCUCCCAAAAAGAAGAAGAAACCAACGAAGAAGAAAAAGAUUCAAGGAUGGAGUGUCACCAGCGUGAAUCUUGAUGACAAGGAAGUUGAUAUGUCAGCAUGGAACAAUCUUUUUGUUCCCGAACCAGUUCUACAAGCGCUGAAGGAGAAAGGAUUUGCAGAACCAACUAAAAUUCAGACAAUGACCUUGCCACCUGCCAUCGCAGGUCGAAGGGAUAUUUUGGGAGCUGCGGAGACGGGCAGUGGUAAAACUCUGGCCUUUGGAAUUCCUGUAAUCAGCAGAAUUUUGGAUUACAGAGAUAAAGUUGCCAAAGGCAUCAUUGACGAAGAGGUUCUUGAGGAGUCGGAAAGUGAAGAGGAGGAUCUCGAAGACGACGAAACUUUGGGAUGUGUCAAGGUAGAGAAAACUAAAAUUGAGGAGAAGGGCAAAAGGCCCAUGGGAAAACUACACGCCCUUGUUUUAACCCCUACAAGAGAACUGGCAGUCCAAGUCAGGAAUCAUUUAGUUGCUGCUACCAAGUACUGCAAUAUAAGGGUGGAAAUCAUUGUCGGUGGCAUGGCUCAGGAAAAGCAGGAAAGGGUGUUGAAAAAAUGUCCUGAGAUUGUGGUUGCAACUCCAGGUCGACUCUGGGAACUCAUUAAAGAGGGAAAUCCAUUUUUGCAGCAAGUGGACCAACUGCCGUGCUUGGUCAUUGAUGAAGCUGAUCGAAUGAUGGAAAAGGGCCACUUCCAGGAGUUGCAUGAGCUUGUCGAAAGAAUGGAAAAGAACCAAUCUGUUCGUCAAACUUUUGUCUUCUCGGCCACCCUGACCUUGGUCCAUGACCCUCCAAAGCGUCUUACUAUAAAAAAGAAAAAGGGACCCAAACAGCCUUUGAAACAAACCCCAGGACAAAAACUGAACCAGUUUAUAACCAUGCUGGGCUUGAAAAAUCCAAAGGUCAUUGAUUUGACAGCAAAAGAAGGGACAGUUGAAAGCUUGACUGAGGCGUACAUUCCCUGCCCUCUGGAGGAAAAAGAUGCUCAUUUGUAUAACUUCCUCCGAAACCAUCCCGGCCGAACUCUCGUCUUCCUGAACAGUGUCGCGUCAGUCCGCAGAUUGGCAAAUUUGUUCAGUUUACUGCAAUGCCAUCCAGUUGCUCUGCAUGCUCAAAUGCUCCAGAAGCAACGUCUGAAGAAUUUGGAAAAGUUUGCUGCAAAUCCUGCAGGGCUGCUUUUGGCAACUGAUGUUGCUGCCAGGGGUUUAGACAUUGUCGGUGUCCAACAUGUUAUUCAUUAUCACGUGCCGCGAACAUCUGAAAAUUAUGUGCACAGGAGUGGUCGUACGGCAAGAGCACAAAAAGAGGGCCUCACUGUUCUUUUUGUUGACUCAAAAGAAAUGUCUGUCUUUCGGAGGUUAUGCCAAACUUUGGGCAAAAACGAUGAUUUACCCGAGUUUCCUAUUGAUAAACCUGUUUUCGAUGAAGUCAGGAGAAGAGUUGAAAUGGCCAAAGAGCUGGAACAAUUGGAUCACUCCCAUCGGAGGAGCCAGUCUGAAGAAGGGUGGUUGAAUAAAGCGGCCAAAGAAUUGGAUCUUCACUUUGAUGAACACGACAAACUUCCCAUAAGAUCAGCUGUGGAACCAGGAGCAGCCAAAGCUCUGAAGACUAAAAAGAAAGCACUUGAGGCUGUGCUUAAACUGCCACUGGUGAGGGGCGCAGUUUCUGGAAAGUAUCCCACUUCAAGUGGCAGUCUCGUGGUACCUUAUUCCUCAGGCAAUACAGGAGAGGCUUUAGAACUGGUUAAAUCCAGAAAGAAAGCUGCUAAAAAUCUUGGCGAAGAGCUCGGCUUUAAGAAGAAGAGGCCAAAGUUCAAAAAGAAAUCAGCCGCUAAGAAGGUGUAGAAAUCAAUAAUAAAGGUAUUUUAACGUUGGUCAGAUUUGAAUUGAGCCUUU